UUGUCCUUUUACUGUACAGAUCACUGACUCCCAAAUCUACACGAAACACUAGAAAUAGGGAGAAAACCCCUCAAAUGAAGACACAGCAUAAAACACUUGUAGAUAUAAAAGACACACACACACCUCUGAGAAGAGAAGAGACGAGAACAAAGAGAGAGAGAGAGAGAGAUUCAACUUCCACAUAGAACCAUGGCAGCUGAAAAAGAAUCAGAGCAACAAGAGAACUUGGCAGCAAUGAAACUACCGGUGUUACCAAUUAAACCAAACAGUCACAGCCACUCUAUGUCAUCACCCAUUCACAGUUCCAUAGCAGCUUCUGUCCCCUUUAGCUGGGAAGAAGAGCCUGGCAAGCCCAAGCAACACUCUUCUUCAUCUUCAUCAUCCUCUUCCUCACCAUUAACUUCUUCUCCUCAAACCCACAAGUCCUUGGAGCUACCACCAAGGCUACACUCCCUUGAAAAGGAUGGAGGCAAACUGAACUCGCCCAUCACUGUCUUUGAUGGACCUUACAGCAUGACGAGAUCAAGAAGGUUGGAUUCACCUUCCUUUAGGAUGAUGGUUAAAGGUAGUGGUGACUGUUAUGGGUCUUUCAGGAGUGACAUGUAUGGUGAUUUAGAUGAUGUUGACGAGGAGACCAAGCAGGAGAGCAUGAGUAGUGGUGGCUCUUUGGCUCUUGUGAAGAAGAGAAGGGGACUAGGGUUUUUUGGGUUUAGUAGGAGAAGGGCUUUGAAAAGAAAAACCGAGUUUGGUAGAGGUAGUUAUGUGUUUCCAUCUUCAGUGGAAAGAGAGAGUGAAUCCGGAAAAAAAGAAGAGGAGGAAGGAGAAGACAAAAGGUUUGGCUAUGGUGAUGGUGAUGGUAUUACUUGCAGCCAAAGCAGCAGGUUUUGUGAAGUGAAUAUUGCAAACAUUAGCAGAACAGGGAGCUUAUCUACUCUGCCUACACCAUCUUCUUCUUCAAAGUCUCACUUCUGGACCAAUGUGUAUGCAGGACUAAAGCAAGUGGUUCCAUGGAAGAACAAGAAGACUACAGAGACUCCACCUAAAACCCAAGACAGACACAGUUUUUUUGAUAAACAUUCCAUCUUCUUCGACUGCCUCAUUGACCUCAGGAUGGAAAAUGAAGAGGAUGUUCUGAACUUAAAUGAAGAUGCAGACUACAUGAGUGGGGAUGAGCUAAUGGAUGAAAAUGGAGAUGAUGAUGAAGCAGUAGCAGUGGAGGAUACUCUCAUGAGCACAGCUGAAACCCGCAGAAAAAGAGGAGGCAAACGCAGACACUCCAGAUGCUGGAAGCACUUUGCUCACUACAUGUGUCUCACAGCUCACUACAUAGAUGGAAAUUGGGAUCUGAAGUCAAGGAUCAUCGACUUCUGUGCGUUUCCUCCUCCUCAUACUGGUGGUGCCAUAGCCAUGAAGAUAGUGGAGUUGUUGAAAGACUGGGGGCUAGAGAAGAGAGUCUUCAGUGUCACCGUGGACAAUGCUUCAUCAAAUGAUAACAUGCAGUCCAUUCUUAGGAGGCAGCUUCGAAAAGAUUUGGUGUGCAAUGGAGAGUUCUUCCACAUUAGGUGUGUCGCUCACAUUCUGAACUUGAUAGUACAGGAUGGAUUGAGUGUCAUUAGUGGUGCUUUGGAGAAAAUAAGGGAGAGUGUCAAGUUUGUCAAUGUGACUGAAUCUAGAGAGAGGCUGUUUCAGAGUUGUGUGGAAGCAGUGGCUAUUAAACCUAGAAAUGGUGGUGUGUUGCCAGGGUUGGUCAUGGAUGUUGCAACAAGAUGGAAUUCUACCCAUCUUAUGCUAGACAGAGCCAUCAUCUAUAGAGAAGCCUUCCGCCAACUUGCUGAAGUUGAGGCAUGUUAUCAGUUCUGUCCAAAUGAAUUGGAGUGGGAGAGGGCAGAGUUGAUUCGCGAUUUCUUGGCUCCUUUCGCUGAGAUGACCAAUCUGAUUUCUGGAUCUUCUUAUCCGACAGCUAACCUCUAUUUUAUGCAAGUGUGGAUGAUCGAGAACUGGCUGAGAGGAAAUGAGUUCAGUGGGGAUGAAGUAAUUUGUGAGAUGGUGGCUUCAAUGAAGCCCAAAUUUGAUAAGUAUUGGGAAGAGUAUUCUGACAUCUUAGCCAUUGCUGCUGUGCUUGAUCCAAGACUGAAGUUUGCAUGUCUGGAGUAUUGCUUCACAACUUUAGAUGCAUCGACAAGCAAGACGAAAGUGGAUCAUAUUAGGAAGAAGUUGAAGAAGUUGUUUGAUGUCUACAAGAAGAACACAAGGAAAAACGUGGCUGGAGCUUCUAGAUCAAACGCUGCACAGACCACUUUACCUGGAUAUGAUGGGUUUUAUGCUUUCAUUUCGCAGAAUGUUGGUAGCAGUGGAAAAUCAGCUUUGGAUAAGUAUCUAGAGGAACCGAUUCUCGACAUGGCUUCCUUCGAGAAGAUGGAUGUUCUCUCCUAUUGGAAAGAGAAUGCCAACAGGUUUAAGGAGCUCUCAGCAAUGGCGUGUGAUGUUCUGAGCAUUCCUAUAACCACAGUGGCUUCAGAAUCUUCAUUCAGCAUUGGAAGUCGAGUUCUGAACAAGUAUAGAAGCUCUCUUCUCCCUUCCAACGUUAGAGCACUGAUUUGUGCAAGGAACUGGCUAAGAGGAUUUGAGUCUUUAGACAGUGAUGAAGUGGAUUUUAAACCCUUGGAGGAAGUUGGAGAAGCAAUUAAUGAAACAGGUCAAGUCUGAGUUUAUGUGGGUUAUGGACUUGGAGGAAGAUGAACUUAUGGAGCUUAGAGUUAUGAACUUAUGGAGUUAUAGUUUUUAAUUUGUAUGCACGUAUGGAGUUAAUGCUAUGUAUGAACUUAUGGUUUGUAUAAUUGCACUUAUGGAGUUAUGCUAUGUAUGAACUUAUGGAGUUAUGGUUUGUAUGCACUUAUGAACUUAUGGAGUAGACUAUUUCAAUCUUAUAAAGUUGUACUUGUAUUA